AUGGCAUCAGCAAGCGGCGAUGAAGAGGUUUUCACGUCCGAUGACUGGAACCACGACUUCGACAGUGACUUCGCCCAAGAAUUCAUUGGGAAAUGGCCCGAACAAUUUCGUACGUUAUUGAGGUCAACAGCUCCGACGCAAUCCUGUACCGACUGCAGCGCCAUGCUAUUCUCCGGAGGCAAUGUCAAUGUCUGUAACCUGCGUAUCGCUGUGGAUUCUUGCCAGCUGCGUGAUGGACCUCAUAUUUUCAGGGUCUGUUCAGACUUAGUGUCCUUGAAAGGGUCUGGCGACCGAGCUUCGGUGGGCUUCCCAGUCUUGCCUCAUCCUCUGCGCUUCGCACCGCUUCGCGCAUGGCUCCAACGCUGUGACGAGAGCCACGCUCUCUGCAAGCGGCCCGAUAAUAAGCCGACAAUGCCGACAAGACUUCUCCACGUGGUUGACUCAGAUAACUUACGACUCAUUCAGGGUAAAGAAAUAGAAGCAGAGAAGUAUAUUGCGUUGUCACAUUGUUGGGGCAUGCUUGAACCCGAGACGGUGCCAGAAUAUUGCACAACCAUAAGCAAUAUUAGCGAUCGGGAAAAAGGGUUCAAGAUCGCGGAUCUGCCACAGACUUUCCAAGACGCUAUCGAGGUGGCGAGGGAGCUGGAGGUGCAUUACCUCUGGAUUGACUCGCUCUGUAUCAAGCAGGGGCCCGACGGAGACUGGAAAGACGAAGCUAAGCGCAUGGAAGAUAUCUAUUCUUCGGCUUAUUGCACCCUCGCUGCAACAUCGGCUGUCGAUUCGAACGCGGGAUUCCUUAAGCGAGACGCCAGUAGUGUCGACGUUCAAGAUGGUUCAGGGCGACACAUCUAUGUGUCCACCGAUACGUGCGAUUUCGAUGAGGAAGUGGAGCAGGCUACGCUCAACAAGCGAGCUUGGGUUAUGCAAGAGAGGCUCUUAUCCUGCCGAACCAUCCAUUUCGGCGCACGGCAGAUGUAUUUCGAAUGUGGCGACGGUGUAUACUGCGAGGAUAUGACUCGAUUGACGAGCUCGGAUAACAAGAAAAAGUAUUUCAAACUCGACCCAAACUUUCCGGAUCGGCUCCGCACAUCCGGAUUCCGCAGUACUAUUUCUUUCCUUCAGUCCUUCUUAGAGGAUUACUCAAAGCGUGGCCUCUCGAAACCUACCGACAGAGCUGUUGCAAUAUCUGGCUUAGCGCAGCGUAUCGAAAAAGCUCUAUUGUGUCAAGCACGGUACGGCGUGUUUGAGUUCUUCUUUCACAGAAACCUUCUUUGGCAACGGUCGGACCUGGAGAAGACAGAGCGGAUCAAGUACGAAGAAUCUGAUAAAGUGCCAUCGUGGUCCUGGAUGGCAUAUCCGGGAGGCAUCAAGUUCAUUGAGUUUGAGGAGGUCGAUUACGGCGAGUUGGACCUAUUCUACAAACUCAAGUUCGACCAAGAAGAUAAGAGAGCUCUGAUCACCGAUAUAUGGGCGUUCCGAGAUUGCUAUUUGAACCGGAAGGAAAGGUCCGAUAACAGGCGUUACGAGGUAUUGGAUUCGGGUGAAACGGUGCGUGGAUGGGUCGUGUAUGACGUCAAACAUGGGGAAGACUUUCACAAUGAACGGGCUGUUGUCAUAGGCAGGACAUGCCAUGAAACGAGUCCCGAGAGACAAGAAUAUUACAUAUUAGUUGUGAGGCUGAAAGCAGGGUCGAAAGCAGAGAAUGAGUACGAAAGAGUUGGAAUUGGAAGAGUUCAAGUGGAGUACCUAUCAUGGCGACAAUCCGAUGUCCGAGUUAUUUGA